AUGCAAUCGUUCGUCAUCUUCAGCCUUUGUAUCUGGUUUGUUUCUGCAUCUGCUCCUCAGAACGUGUGUUAUUUGAAGGGUAAUCAACAAGCAUGCGACCUUUACGAAGAUCUCUGGCAAAAGAAUCUGGAUAUUGCUGGUGACGUGCUAAACUCCAAGUUCGUUCAAACCAUGCAGUCUGGAAGCCUUCCUGCACACUAUUACAUAACCUUCACUUUGCAGGAUAUUUACUAUUUGGAGGAGGUCACAAAGAUGCUGAAGACUCUGAGCGUUAAGGUGAAAAAACCUGAAGAUUUAAAAACAUUCUUUCAAGAUCGGUAUAAAAGUUACGCUGAUUACACUGCUCAUGUUCUGGGUAUCUGCUCACUCACGGACAAAUCGAUUAUCAAACCCCAGGCAGCGAUUAAGAACUACACUGAUGCUUACCGCAAUGUGAUGAACAAACAGGAUCCCAUUUAUUUUGCUAUUGCCAUGCUGCCAUGUUCUCGACUUUGGACUCAUUUGGCUGAGAAACUUCAGAUGGAUAAGAACAACGCUUACUAUGAAUUCAAGGCAGACAACACGGGGCAUCCAGAGAAACACUUCAAACCUCUUCUGGACAAAUACCAAAGUACUAUCAAUGUAACCCUUGCUCAUGCUAUUUUCCGUAGCCAAAUGAAACAUGAGAGGGCUUUCUUCCAGUCCGCGGUGCUAUAA